AUGGGUGCAAGACGUCAUAUUAGUGUUGGUACGACUAUUCGUGAUAUUAUGCAUGCAAAAUGUCGUAAAAAGGUACCAGUACAUCGUUUAUGUUCAGCUAUUACUGAAAAGAGACGAUCACGUAGUGCGAUGAUACAAUUGCAAGUGUUGCUGUAUGACAUUAAUGAUAAAAUGUUGGUUUUUGGUUAUUUUAUAAACAUAAUUGGCGCUGUCUUCCAACCUUAUUAG